AGAUGUCUGUGACACUCUUGGAUUGCCACAUGGAGGGGAGACGGUAACAAUAGGCACAGCCGAAAUGUAUGAUGAAAGAAUAUCUGAGUGGUCAAGUCAGUUUGCUACUAAAAAGGAUGCAGAUCAAGUGACUGUUUCGAAAUUAGUAGAAAUGAUCAAAAAACAAGGGGUCACUCAGAAUUUCAAGUUAAAUUUCUUGCUUGUCUUGUCGAAUGUGCUCAUUGGAACAAGCACUUAUACGUAUGUGGACAAACAGCUUCUAAGGUUAAAUGGAGAUCUUGAUCAGUGCUACAAAUUUAAUUGGGCAGAGUAUCUUCUAAACUCCCUUGUGUCUGCAACAAAACUCUGGAAUCAAACCGCAUCAACCUUCUUUGCUGGCUCAUUACCAUUCCUUGUGCUAUUUUAUGUUGAUCGAGUAAGGCCAGGAAGUAUCAAGCUUGUGGAGCGAAGAUUUCCAUCAUACAAAGGUUGGAGUGAGGAAGCACUAAAAUUAAGGUAGUCAAUCGAGAUUUUUGACGGAGCUUUUGGUCUUGGAACUGUUCUCAAACCAUUAAGAGAACUAUUUUCCCAGGACACACAGCCAAUCCAUAGUCCACAUCAGUGGAAACAACAAGAUAAUGAUUACACUGAUCCUUGCGAAGAUAAUAGUCAUGAACAUGUUGGAAGCCAGGAAUGGAGUCCUUGCACAAAGUCCACCAAUCAAUACCAACAAAAUCAAGAUGCUAUUCCUGACAUUAACAUGGAAGAUGUGCAGGACACUCAAACUCAGGGAUGCGAACAAGGAAAUAACGACACAUUGAAUCAAGCUGAUGGCACAGGGGAUCAAGAUGAUCGCGCAUGGCAGACAUGGACUCCUUGGGAAAAAUCAAAACAUUUUCAAUUCAAAACUAUACGUACAAAUGAUGUUCCCGAAGUUCACAUGGAAGAUGUAGAACAAGAGUAUGAGAGGGACACAUCUAAGCGUAAUAAUCAAACAGGGGACUGGUUGCAAAAUCUACAAGACUCAGCACAAGAUUUGAUUGAAUUGAAGAUGCUUUUUGAUGCUGAUCUAAAGUCGGCGUUAGCAAAAGAUCCCGAAAAUCCUGAGAUACACAUGAUUCAGAACUUGGUCAAUGAUGUCUUCGGCAACAAUCAAGCAGCAUUUCCUCAACAGAAUACACAUCAAAACUCAACUCAACAGGAUCCGAAAAAACCAAUUCCAUCGGAAAUUGAUGAUGAUUUUGAGCUUAAUUCUCAGGAUAUCAAGCAACUUGACUUGAUAGAGUUCCUACACUCAGCGAAAAAAGAUAUCAAUGUCAACCAUUUGUUUGUUACUGAUGAGAUAGAAGAUGUAAUACCAAACUUCUCACUUGGUAUAGAUGAGGACAUUUAUGGUAACAACAAACAAGCUGUCAACUUGGGAUCAGAUGAACAACUUGAUGUCAGCAAAGAUGAUGAUCAUGUUUUCACGCCUAAACCAGCAAUGAGAGAAAAGAGUCAAAGGGCUUUAAAAUUGAGUCGAUACGGCAAAUCCCCAUAUGUUGACAGAGUUGUCAACAUAAACUCCAAAUUAACCAAUCAAGAAUUUGGACUCUGAAAAUAUAUGAUAAAGAAAGAAGAUCCAAUCGAACAUAUGUUCAUAUGGAAUGAUUUCAUCUGCAUAAGAGACGAUAUGCAGACACUUAAAAUCAACACUAAUGUGGCCACAUCUGUUAUAGAUAUAUGGACCUUCAUUCUGAAUGAUGGAGAAAAAUAUCGGUCUGAUGAAUCUCCCCUACGUCUCUUUUGCACAAUCGGCUCUGUGCUUCCAAGUUUAGUCGAUCAUCUCAAACUUGCCACCACAUAUCCAAUUUUUGCUAUUAAUAUGACUGAGAUGCUCAUAAGAAUCAACAGGCAGGCAAUAGAGACUAUGCACAUGGUGUUUUUCCCAAUAUGGGCAUAUCAGCAUUACUAUUUAGUAUGCUACAACUUAAAAACUCCAUGCUAUGAGAUCAUUGAUAAUAUCCAAAGGGGUAAAGACGCAAAGCUUUCUUAUGGUCCCAAACCAAGAAUACUGCAUUCACACUUUACAAAAUACCUGGAAAGCAGAGGAAGUUUUGGUUUGGCAAGGAUUAUCCGACAACUGAAACCCACAUACAAGAGUAUGUCAUGGCAAACAAAGAACAACUCUACUGACUGUGGAAUCUUUCUUAUGAGGCAUAUGGAGACCUACAAAGGUCAUACACUCCCAUGGCACGCUUCAAUCUGUGAUGAAAGUGUUAACCAAAAAAAUCAAAUUAUGAGACUCCGACUCAAAUAUAACAACAUGAUUCUAUCUUCAACACUGAAUGAGAGGAGAUCAGAAAUCAUAAAAGUGGGGAAGGAAUUAUAUAUUGAUAUGGCAUCAAAGAGAAUAGUCAAUUUUGCCAUCCAAUCUUCACAAACAUCUCAAGAAGAAGGCAUUGCAGUGACUACUCAAAGAAAGGCUGAUAACAAGAAGACGGUCACCUUCGCAAAAAACCUCACCUCCACUCUAAAUGAAGCCGCCGACAACCAAUGAUUGUUUCAGCAACUUCACAAACAAUGAUUGUUUAAGAAUUAGUUACCUUAUUUUUCUGAAUACUUGACAAGCAAUGAUUGUAUGGCAAAUUAUCUUGAGCAAUGAUUGGAUAUGAACUGUCUAUUCUAUUAGCUUGACAGUUACUGAUUUUUUGUCGAAAAUGAUAACUGACACUAUUGAUUAUGUAUCAACAUUAUCAAAAAAAAUAUGAUUCUAU